UGCUCAGCCGCUCCCGCCGCCCAUUGGCCCGGCGGGUUAUGAAUAUGCAAAUGAUGGCCCGCUGUCACCCAGUGGCAAACGGGCAAGAAAUUAAUAUUCGCGUUGCGGCGCGUGGAUUGGUUGUUGCGCGCUCCGCCCCGGCAGCGGGUUAGGCUGCCCCCUGGCGGCGGCAGGAAGGGGCGGGCGCGGCGCCGGGAGCCCGAGAUGGUGGGCGCCGGGGCGCGCGGGGCGCCGCUACUGCCGCCCUUGCUGCUACUGCUGCUGCCGCCGGUGCUGCGGGGCGCGGCGGGCGGCCUUGCCGACAGCGUCGUCUGGGCCGUCAAUGCGGGUGGCGAUGCCCAUGUGGACGUGAACGGCAUCCACUUCCGCAAGGACCCGCUCGAGGGCCGCGUGGGCCGAGCUUCUGACUAUGGUAUGAAGCUGCCAAUCUUGAGGUCCAAUGCAGAAGAUCAGAUUCUGUACCAGACUGAGCGUUACAACGAGGAAACCUUUGGCUACGAAGUCCCCAUCAAAGAAGAGGGUGACUAUGUGCUGGUGUUGAAGUUUGCAGAGGUCUAUUUUGCACAGUCUCAACAGAAGGUGUUUGAUGUUCGCUUGAAUGGCCACGUGGUGGUGAAGGACUUGGACAUUUUUGACAGAGUCGGACACAGCACAGCUCACGAUGAGAUCAUUCCCAUGAGUAUUAAAAAGGGGAAGCUGAGUGUCCAGGGAGAGGUUUCCACAUUCACGGGGAAGCUCCACAUUGAGUUUGUAAAGGGCUACUAUGACAAUCCAAAAAUCUGUGCCCUAUAUAUCCUGCAAGGAACAGUGGAAGAUGUUCCAAAGCUGCAGCCGCACCCAGGUCUGGAGAAGAAAGAGGAAGAUGAUGAUGAAGAUGAAUAUGAUGAUGGCUCAAGUGUUAAAAAACAGGCAAAUAAGAACCGGGUUCAGUCAGGCCCACGCACACCAAACCCCUAUGCCUCGGACAACAGCAGCCUCAUGUUUCCUAUAUUGGUGGCCUUUGGUGUCUUCAUUCCUACCCUCUUCUGCCUCUGCCGAUUGUGAGAGCAAGCCCCACAGAGCAUCAGCCGAGGGGCUGGGAGGGAAGGAGUUGGACCAAACACGGUUGCUUUUGAUUUCUCCAUAUUGUUCAUAAUUUAAGGAAAAAAGAAAAAAAAAAAAAAAGAUUCAUUUGGAAUGAAUAGCAGGUCCAGGUAAGAGGGAGCUUACCUUCCCCCUGCCAGCAAGCAGCGAGGCCCUCGCCUUCCCCUUCGCACCAUGUGCAGCCUCCGAUCCUCCCUGGGGCAUCCCAGAGUAAACUGAGUCCUGGCCGUCUGUACUGGGCUGUUGCAAGCUGAUGCUACCAGUCCUGGGCCGUGUCCCAGACUGAGAGAAAGCCAUGUGCUGAAAGACCUCUGCCUUUGCUGGGUAGAAUACUGUUCCUUAAGCAGGGAAGCAGCUCCUAAAGCCAUGCCUGAGUCCACGUUUUGUUCAUGAGCGUGGAAGUGGUGUGGUGCUGUGGGGUGACUAACAGCGGUGGAGGACAGAGCCUGGCUCAGCAUCUCCCUGAAUGUGUGCAACACGAUGUAUGGGCCUCGCCUGCAGAAAGAUGCCAAGACUCCGGCUAGCUGCUCAGCCUCUGUGGAGAUGUUUCCCUCCUAAGACUGCAAGCUGUGCCACGAGCAGAGGGAUUUAUCUGGCCUGAUUUGCUGCACCAGUUGGGAGAGACUUUCCUAGUUUGGCAAUUGCAAUGUUAGAUCCAUCUCAGAGGGAUUCUGCUGUAGCCUGUGAGAGGCUGACGUCAGCAUCUGAUCAGAUGCACUUGUAUUGAUUAUGGCUUUUGUUUCCUUUAUUAUCCUUUUCAAAGAUUUCAUUUUAAGCCCA